UGUAUAAACCGUGCCCGAACUAGGUCCUUUAAAUAGCAGCUACUGACAGAGACCAAUGCAUUACAGCUGUUGCCCGUCUUAUUCGCUCAACGCCUGAGCAAGACUGUAAAGAAUCUGAAGAAAGAAACGAAGGAAACACACACGAUGUCUUAUGGAAGUACAGACUCGCUCAUGGUCAGCCCCUCUGCCCACGGCACCAAUAAGUUCGACACGGCCCACCGCAAGAAAGCCGUGGCUAACAUCUUCGAAAACGUCAAAGAAGAUUCGGUUCUGAAGCUGUUUCAGAAAACCGGGGACAGCAAAGCGCAGGAGAGAGCCAAGAUCAUCUUCUCCCUGGACCAAGAGCCCGAGGAGAUUGCGAGGGGCUUGGUGGCACUGAAACAGAGGAAAAAAAACAAGAUGCUGCGGAUUGCAAACUUUAUCCGCGCUUCGAUGAAACUUCUUUGAGCGACACAUACAAAUAAGCCGGUUGACGACUUGGCUAGCUAUUAUGACUACUGUAAAACAACUAAUGACAAGGACUGAAGCAGGACACGGCGGAGAGCCAAGCCACGCUGCACAGUCAAGCGACACGCACUGUGAGAUGAACAGAGAGAUGGCGAUUAAAUGAAGACACAGAAUACAAGAUAACGACACGGCACCCCUUUUGUGCACGGUAAAGGAGCGUGGAAAAUUAUGAAGAAACAAAAACAAAAACACGCACAGGAUUUGAGAACACCGGGGACAGUGUGAAAUGCGCGACUGUGCAAAAAACAAAACCACAACAACAACAACAAAAAAAUAUAUAACUACGCAUGUUUUAAUACGGGUCUUUUGUUUCCAAGCAAAACUAGAAAACGAGACUUUGUAUUGGCCUGCUGCAAUGGUGGUUAAUUGAUUUGACUUUUAUGCAUUUGUUAAAAUGCGUCAACGUCGCGACUUACAGGUGCUGCAAUUUCAGGAGGAGAUGCAACAGGUUUGCAAGACCUGUAUGCGACAAAAACGUUGGACACUUAAAAACUAAACCGAGGAACGUGUUGCAUUGGGUGUGACUGAAUUAUUACCUUGUGGCAAUAAAUGUGAUAACUACAAUAACCACGUUUAUAGUAUUUGUGUUAUUAAUAGUGGUUGUUUAUUUUGCCACCCAUUUUUUUUGUGAUAAAAAAUAUAUACAUGACACGAGAUGUUGUGACUGUCUUACUGAGGGUGUCAUGUAACCAGCACAAUAAAUUAUUUUUAUUCUAUGAAA